AUGCCUACCCUCGGAUUCCUCAAGAAGAAGCGGACGAAGGACUCGCAGGGCUCCAACGAUCUCAACAGCCCGACCUCGCCCGUCGACUCGUCGACGCCGCUGACGCCCACGACGUCGAAGCGCACCUCGGGCUCCUUCCACCUGCACAAGACCAAGACGAACGACUCGACCAAGGCGGCGCCGACCACCAGCCCGCCCGCCGCCGCCGCGUCGCAGCACAAGCCCGCCGACUCGAUGAACCCCGCGGGCUACGGCCAGCCGGCGCAGCAGCAACAGCACCAGCAGCAACAGCAGCACCAGCAGCAACAGCAGCACCACCCACACGCACAGCCGCUGGCCAGCCCCCACUCGCAGCCGCAGGCCUCGCACAACACGCCCAGCAUCCAGAACCUGAUACACCCCAACAACACCAACACCGCCAGCGCCUCGGAGCCCCCCCAGAAUGGCGCCGCCGUGCAGUUCCAGACGCAGCCCCUCGCGCAGACCCGCGUCACCAAGGGCAAGUACUCCCUCACUGACUUCCAGAUCCAGCGCACCCUCGGCACCGGCAGCUUCGGCCGCGUGCACCUCGUGCAGUCCAAGCACAACCAGCGCUUCUACGCCGUCAAGGUGCUGAAGAAGGCCCAGGUCGUCAAGAUGAAGCAGGUCGAGCACACCAACGACGAGCGCCGCAUGCUGCAGCAGGUCAAGCACCCCUUCCUCAUCACCCUGUGGGGCACCUUCCAGGACUCGAAGAACCUGUACAUGGUCAUGGAUUUCGUCGAAGGCGGCGAGCUGUUUAGUCUGCUGCGCAAGUCCCAGCGCUUCCCCAACCCCGUCGCAAAGUUCUACGCCGCCGAGGUCACCCUCGCCCUCGACUACCUGCACUCGCACAACAUCAUCUACCGCGACCUGAAGCCCGAGAACCUGCUGCUCGACCGCCACGGCCACCUCAAGAUUACCGACUUCGGCUUUGCCAAGGAAGUGCCCGACAUCACAUGGACGCUCUGUGGAACGCCCGACUACCUGGCGCCUGAAGUCGUUGCGUCCAAGGGCUACAACAAGUCCGUGGACUGGUGGUCACUCGGCAUCCUCAUCUUCGAAAUGCUGUGCGGCUUCACCCCCUUCUGGGACGGCGGCUCGCCCAUGAAGAUCUACGAAAAUAUCCUCAAAUCGCGUGUCAAAUACCCGCCCUACAUCCACCCAGACGCGCACGACCUGCUGCAGAAGCUCAUCACCCCCGACCUGACCAAGCGACUGGGCAAUCUCCACGGCGGCAGCAAGGACGUGAUGAACCACCCGUGGUUUGCGGAAGUCACCUGGGAUCGGUUGCAGAAGAAGGACAUUGACGCGCCCUAUGUGCCGCCGGUCAGAGCUGGCGUCGGCGACGCUAGCCAGUUCGAUAAGUAUCCAGAAGAGACGGAAGCAUAUGGACAAGCCGGUGAUGACCCGUGCGUGCAGAGUCCUCCUUACACUGUAGACCACAUUCUGACGUGUCCGAAUAGCCACGGGCACUUGUUUCCGGACUUCUAG